AUGUCUAAGGUUGCUAAGGUUGAUCAACGAGUUAAGAAAUAUCUGGAGGAAGCUGGGUAUAAAAAAUGGGCUCGGUGUCACUCUCCUGUAAAUAGAGGUAGAAUGAUGACUUCAAAUAUAGCCGAAUGUAUUAAUGGUUGUUUGGUUGAGGCUAGAAAACUUCCUGUUCUAGGUUUCCUAGAAGAAGUUAGAAUCUUAUUUGCUGCAUGGAAUUGUAAGAACAACGAAAUUGCAUCGUACACCAAUACAACUCUUGGCAGAAGAUUUGAAGAAAUUCUAACUCAUAAUGGUGUUAAGCCAGCAGGGAGUUAUCUUUAUUGUGUUUAUGAUUCGGGACGGAGGUACAUGGUAGAUAUUGAGCGUGGCACGUGCAAUUGUGGCCGAUAUCAAAUUGAUGAAAUACCUUGUCCACAUGGAAUUUCCCUACAAACCAUAGUGAAGACAUAUGAACUCCCGAUAGUUCCAAUGCCAGACAAGAAGGAUUGGGGUGUUCCAGGUUUUGUUGAUGAUGAAGAAGUUUUGCCGCCCAAAUAUCGAAGACCUCCUGGUAGGUCAAAAAAAGGAAGGCAUCUGAAAUCAAGUGAAUCACUGUCUUCAAAUUCAAACCGCUGCGGAAAAUACAGAUGA